UUCGGACACACUUUCAGUUGGACGGCUGCACAUGUAUAGUUAGCUACUCUCUGAGUUGGACACUUACAGUAACUGUCUGACAAACUAACAGACAAACAUACACAGAUACAAAACCUCUGGGACACUGGGAUGUCCCCGCUCUGAGUCUUUUAGGGAUUUACCAACGCUUCACUGCCAGACAAGCAUACAUCCUCCCAGCGCAAACAUGCCAGUCCUUAAGAACCUCCCGUCUCGGCUGAACGGAGGCAGGUUUAGCGUGGAUUUGUCGACUACACAUAGUGAGUUCAUCCUCAGAAAAAUGAGUCUUAACCUCAGUCCAUUUAAGGAGCCUGGCUCAGAUGAGGACUGGCCCAGAAGAAAUGGAGGCUCACUUCUGGAUGGGCGUGUGCCCCGGGACAGAAACCCGUUUGAGGAUGAGGAAGAUGAAAAUGAGGCCAAUGAGGUGCGGCGUGGAGGAUCAGGGAAAGGAGCCUCCAUCAAAGGCACCCUGGAACGCAUGAAAGGAGUCUCUCCCCUCAAGACCCUGGGCAAACUGGGCAAGAACUUGCGCAUGUCUGGCAGGAGCAAAGGAAAGGACACCCCCUCCCCACACGGCUCUAUAGGUUCGGCCUCACCCAUGCAGAGGAAGAAGAAGGGCAGACGGAGUUCAGAAGGGAGCUUACUUAGAAUGGCCGGAAAGUGCAAAGAUCGCAUGGAGAGCUUUACCAAUGGUGACCUGUGCUCAGAAACUGAUGCCGACUCUACCAGUCGCAGACUCUCCUUCAUGAAGAUGGUGGGCAAGGGCAAGAUGAAGAGGGAGUCCAUGCAGGACCACUCAUCUCAGGGGCCUGAGGAGGAGCCGGUGGAGGAGGUGCCCGAGGUCAAACCCAGGGAGCCACUCUCAGUAUUGGAAAUCCUGCAGUUGGUGACAAAAAGAGAUUUGUUUUUGGCUGACACUCACAUUCUGGAACUGGAGCAGGAGUGUAGAGAGGCUGAAUCCCCAACAGCGGGUUGCACUGAGGAUUUUAGCAGCCCCAGCAGCAAAGACAGCAGUCGGCGCAAAGCCAAAGAUGUGGAGCUGCUGUACGAGGCCCUGCAGAAAGAGUUGUGGGACGUGGUGAGGGAAGCUCUGCGUUGCCCCACCGCCGGGCCCAACCUGGGCCUGGUGGUGCAGGUGCUCCAGCAGGAGGAGCAAGCCGAUCGGGACUGGGCUCAGAGUGAAGGAGCUGCUCCAGGAGGCCCAAGGCCGAGGGAGUUCAAGAAACGCUGGAGGGAGGCAGUAGUCGAGUUGGCUGAUGCAAACCUACCCCAGCAUGAAGAAGCACUGGCAGACGAGCUCGCAGCCUAUCUGGAUAAGCUAAGAGUGCGUAUGGUGGAGGACCUCGGAGCGGCUCGGCGUAAUGUGGUGUCUGUAUAUCCUGUAGAAUACAACUCCUUCCAAGUGUACACAGAGAGCUACCAUCAGGCUGUUACCCGUCGUCUCCAAUCUAUCACUAAUGGAGAUCUGCAAAUCACUGACAUAUACUCUUUACUAGACUGGCUCUACAACAUUUACAACAGAGAUGUCCUUGGAACAGUCACCAUAACAACACCCAUUAACCUCUCGCAGCUCGGCCCACUGCUGCCGGCGGAGACGGUGGAAAAACUCCAGCUCGACUGCCUCAACUCAGUCAGGGGGAAAGUGACCAAUGAGCUGUCUCAGGUUUUGGAGGAGGAGGAAAAGAGAUGGCUGGACACCCUGAAUGUCGAAGAGUAUCAGUUACCUCUGGCUUGCACUGUUAUUCAGAGUCUACAAGAAGACCUUGAGAGAUCUGCAGCCAUAAACAGAGAUUUGGGCUCACGUGUUGCUCAAUGCAGUCUCAACGGACUGGCAGAUUUCUUGUACAGUUUUCAGCGAAAGGUGGAGAUGUUCCAUGAGAUGCUCGUAAACACCUGUGGAGAAAAUGAAGAAGGUUACAUCACAAAAACAAUCGCGCUUGUCAACUGCUGUCCACCUUUCAGGAGCUUUGUGGAGCGUUGCGGCCAGUGUGACCCUUCGACCAGCGAGGACUCGAUUCGUAGAGCCAACACAGCUCUGGACAGGACAGUCAACCUGAGUGUGAGAGUUCUGAGCGACAGACUUUUUGAACAUAUCAGGCCCUUCUUUGAUAAGCUGAUUAAACGAAAAUGGCUGAGCAACACUGAACCUUUUGAGCAAAUCGAGGCGUUCAUAAAAGAGCACUUCAAGAGGUUUUGCAAGAUGGACAAGCCACCUUAUGAGGUCCUGGUUGGGGAGGUGCACCGGCGUGUGAUGACUGAAUAUGUGCGGGCCAUCAUGAGGGGCAGAAUCAUCUGCACAUCACUCAAAAUGAGGAAGAGAAUGGCUGGCCGCCUUCGUGAUGAAGGAAAGCACCUCAAAACACUCUUCAAAGAGUUGGAAUCCUCCGCCUCAUGGCUCGACAGCGCUAUUCCUCACUUAUCGGAGAUCAUUCUCUUGGAAGACACUCCCUCCAUCCAAAUGGAAGUUGGCAUCCUGGUACGGGAAUUCCCUGACAUACGGAGGAAGCAUGUUUCUGCCAUGCUCAAUAUCCGUGGGAUGACCCGACAAACAGAAAGGCAAGAGAUCUUGAAUAUAGUGAAGGACAUCGAGAACAGUGACAGCGUCAUGCGGGUGUCCCGUGACAGGGCUCUCUUCGCUGAGGUGCCAGUGACGUCAGAAGUGCACUGUCUAAAUGUAGGCCUGAGCCGUGUCGCCCUCACCGCCUCGUCUCUCUUCUCCAGCAUACGGUUCCGACGCAGAAGGACUCCAACCAGGGAAAACCAGGAAGACAUGCUGUAAACCAUCUCAGGUGGAGCACUCAUGGAGCACUGGAGCAAUGCCCAUCAGCACAGCAUUUGUUUCUUAAAUGUUUGCAUGUGCCAUUGUCAUAUCAUAAGGACAAAUAGGAACAUCUGAGAAAACUGAGAAAAUGACACUACAGUUGGCAUCACUACAACUGUUUUUGCACAACUAACUAAUUUCAAAGGCUAUGGAAUACAGUGGCACCGAAAAUGAAUGUCUUUGCAUUCAAAAAACUAAAUAUAAAAAAAAUAUAGAAAUUAUUAUAUUAAUAAAAAGCUCAUUUUAAAAGCACACUUUUCAAGAAAAACAUUUAACAGAACAUUUUGUGGUUGUAAAAUGUUAGUGUUUAUAUGUCUCUCAAUAAAAUGUUUAAGGACCAGUUUGUUAUUAAAAGGCAUUGCAAAAAUGUCAAAAAGACUUCUGUGAAAAGGUCUAGCCUCAUUUCAUGCCUAAUGCAAUGGAACUCAUACAUUCUGUGUAUCUAGAAAUGGCCAAACAAUCUUUGGGGCCACUAUAUAUAUUUUAUUUCUGGCAUUGAUGUGUGUUAUUGUAUGAAUAUAUAGUGCAACCAUCCUUAAGAAAUGUCUUUUAUGAUCUUAAGUUGCAGGGGUCCGAGUGCACAUUGUAAAAAUAUAUAUAACUACUGAUCAAAACACUUAUUGGUUUUGGGAUUGAUGUUUUUUUAAUCAUACCAUUUAUCUUCCUGACUUUUGUGACAGUAAUUGAUAGUUAUGAAAUAGUUUUUUUUAUGUUUUGUUUUAGUUGCACAUGACUGAAGACUGAUUUUAAGGUACUAUGCAACUGCAAUUAUCUGUAAGCUUUUUUAUCACAUUUAAAUGGAUCAUUUGUGGUCCAGUCUUCUAUCAUCUUGUCUUGAAAGAUUUUUUUUUUUUAUCACUCAGAUUUACCUGUGAAAAAAAUCAAGAGGGAAUAUUUAUGUAUUGCAAGACUUAUUUAUUACACCAGUAAUUUCAUUGAUCAGUAAUAAAUACUGAUAAAACCACAAUAAUGGAAACCAAUCCAACGACAAAUAACUACAACCAAAUCAAAUUAGUGAAAAUUCAUGAAUAAUUGUAUCACUUUAGAGACACUGUGCUCAAUGUACUGCCAUAGAAGUUUUGGUUUGUUUACCUAAAAUCCUGAUGGACGAAACUUUUCAAACAUUUAAGGAUUCUGCAUUUAUUUAGUUUGUCUUCCAAAAAAAAACAUUUUUCAUCCGUCUUGUGUUUUCAGCAUAUGUUUGAUGAGUCUGUAUAUGUUGCUGUGCGAGCGCCUUUGAAAAGAAAGAAAAUUUCAGUAAACUUUAGGGUACUCUACAUAUGAAAGACUUAAGACUUUGACGUAAACUGCUUUUUUGGUUAUAGGAAUAUAAUAUUUUACAGUGUAUAUAUAUUAAACCAUAUAUGAAUAAAUGACAGAGGAUCAGA